ACUUCUCCCCAUUCCCUUGCUUCACUCUGAAAAAGUCCCAGAGAGAGAAACUGUGUUUUGUGAGAGAGAGAGAGAGAGAGCGCGUAGGUAGGAGGAAUAGCUCCGGGAGGUGGUCUUCAUUUCCGUUUCUGCAGCAUCAGGGCAAGGCAAUUGGGGUGUGCAUAUCUUCUCAAACUCAAAGUUUGCUGAUCAUCUGAACAAUGGAGGUACUUGGAAAAUCUAUGGUAGCAGUGCCUACAAAUGUUAUAUAUCUGUCAACUAUUCUUGGCCAAGAUGGCCCAAACCCUGUUCACAAAUGCGAUUGGAAAUGUGCAAAUGAACAUGUUUGUGGGAACAUGUACCGCUGCCGUCUAACUGGGAUGACACACAUUUGUGACAAAAACUGUAACCAGCGAAUACUGUAUGAUAAUCAUAACUCUCUUUGCAGAGUUAGCAAGCAGAUUUUCCCUUUAACAUCAGCUGAAGUGCAGGCUGUGAAAGGUGUACGGAGGAAGUUUGAUGCGGAAAGUUCCCCUUCUGAUAGCUGCGCCUUUAAGCGCAGAAGGGAUGCACAUUUCCAUCCAUCACCAUUUGAGAGAUCUUUCACUGCUGUCAGUCCCAUUUGCAGUCAAGUUGGAGAUGGAAUGGACAUGAGCUAGAUAUAAUAAAUUUCCUUCCUUUCGUCUGUUUUAAAAUUUCCUGUCUUUUGGGACAGGAAUAAGAAUAAUUUCAUAAUUUACAUGGAAGACCUGGUUGUCUUGCCAUUUGUAGGAGGCACUUAUAUUGGACAAUCCCAUGGACUGUAGCUUUAUGGUAACUAUUUAGGAGUAACAAUAUUAUGUCUACAAACGUUGAUGUGCGCUCAAGUUGAUGCCACAUGAGGCUUUAACUAUAUGCAGUGCAGCUAUUUGUAUAACCUUAACUAUAUAUGGUUUUACUGUGUAAUCACUUUAAGUAGUGGCAAUUAUCCUUUUUUGGGUUGUCAAAUGCCUAUAUUGGCUUGCUGGACUUCUUUAGUCACCUACUAAUUACCGUGAUUAACUUUGGGAGGUUUAUUGGAAUCCAUUCAGUGGAUGUAUAGUACUUUGUUUGCUUUCCUACAGGAACAUAUAGUACUGUUUGCUUUCCUACAGGAACUUGCCCCAUCAGAUGAAGAACUCUUUUCAGUGAGCUCAUUAAAGCUCACCUACUUUUAUAGCUUUAACUUCCUACUUGUUUGGCAGGUUCUGGAGGAGAGCUCUAUUUUCUUUCAUACCUGUUGCAUUAGUCUCGUCUUAGUUCACUUUUAAAAUUUGUUCAUACAUGGCAUCCUAAAAAUGGUUUUACUUUUGCAGGAACUCAAGCAUUUACUGUGAGUUGAGAUAUAGCUUGUUAUAUUGAGGAUUUAUUAUUUGUCUGAAUUCAUUAGCAGAAUCAUGAGUUUCUUACUGAGUUUGUUCUUUCCUUAUUCAGCAGAUCUGUGCUCUUCCACGAGGUCUGAAGUCUGAACAACUAGAACCAGUUACGAACCUUGAACUCUUGAACAUGGGUAGGAUGUGGAUCUAACAAAAUCAGUUGGUUUUUGCUAACCACGUUAAAGCAUAACUCUAUCCUGCUGUAGCAUUGUCAGUAAUAUCAUGUCUGAUAUUGUUAAAGCAAGGUCCUAUUUGGUUGAAAUGGCUUGGAGUCAGAAGUCUGGUGUUUACUUCUGCCUAUCUGCAUCUGCUUUUUCUGAUAGUGUUACCUGAAGAAGAAUCUUUAGCAGCCAAAUCAAGGGGUGUCUGCUAACCACAAUAAAAUGACUAGCCUGCUGUUCAAUUUGCUCCUCUGUUAUUGCGAAAGAAAGAUCCUGUUUGGUUGAAAGUGCUUGAAGUCAGAGGUGUCAGGCAUUGAUCCACUAAUAAUUAACUUUCUGCCUUCUGAUAAUAACUGUCAUUUGUGCCUUGCUGCCGAUAUCGUUUUCAUGUAAUUCAGAAAGGCUACACUUGCUGAAGGCAAGGUGAAUGACAGUGACCAGAAAAAGUCAGGUCUCUAGCUGUAGCUUAGCGCAAUUUCGUUUCAAGCAAUGUCUGUGCGAUCGGCUGUGGUGAAUUUUAGGAGUCAUCAUACGAGUCAAAGAUGAUUUCCACUGAAAUGUCCUCUUGGAGAACGAUCAACAUUUGAAUCUGACAUUGAUCACUCGGGGAAUACAUCUUCGUCAAUUGUGUAUGUCUAUGGAGAUCUAUUGCAACAAAGCUCCCUUGAGAGCGUCCUGUUCCACUUGGUCAGUGGCUAAGGAGGCAUGCCUCACCACAAUCUGAUGUAGUGUAUGGAUUGAAAGAAACAACGGAAUGAUGCAUUUCUCCUUAGAUGCAUUUCUUUGUUAGCUUUUUGGUGCGAACUCAGCAUUGUACAUGAUGCAGAUUCAAUGAUUGAGAUCCGACAGGGUGUUUGCAGUCUCUGUAAUUUCCUAUAUAGCACUGGUGGAGUGCGAGUUUACCAUUUAUAAAACAUUUCUCAUUACUUAUAAAAAAAUGCUUCUUUGUCAAUAUCGGCUAGUUUCAUCUGAUUGGCUGGUAAUCUGAGGCUGUUCUCAUGUUUAUGUACAUUGCUCCUUGGGUUAUUCUUCCAUUUUUUGGUUCUAAUCUGACUACUGUAGUAUUUGCUGGCUUUUCAUAGUGAUGGAGACAAAAUACUUGAAGGAAGAAUAAUGGAGUUCAUCAAUUAUAAUUGCUAGGUAUGUCCCUCAUAUUAAUUGUUUUGGCAACUUUUUCUUCGAUUGAUUGACAAGGUUAAGCAGGAAAAGAUGUUUGUUAAGUUUGCUGGUCUUGAUCAUUUGUUCCCGUUUGUCAGAGCCACCAAAGACCACAGUAAACUACUCUCUCCAAGAGAGGUGUGCUACUCUUUCAGUAAUUUUUGCUGUAUGUUAUUUUUGUUUUUAUUUAUGGUUAAUACAGUGUAUAAAAUCGUUGAAUAGCUCAUGAAAUUGACUUUGCUGCCAGUACAAAACUACCUCCAUUUUAAAUUGGCUAUUGGAGUUGGUUGAGUUGGUACGAUCUGCCGACAUCCACUUACAGUGGCAACAAGAAGAGAGCCCAUUUCCAUUUAAUUCAAAAGUGAAAAGACCAAGGAAAGAAGUCGUUCCUGCACAACCUAACCAAUGACAUGUUGUUGCUUCGUCGCAAAUUCAUUAUGUUUAAUGAAUAAAAGGGAGCCAACCGUUCACCAAGAAAAAUAAUUAAAUGAA